UCAAAAAAGAUAAAAUCCACACAAAAAAUACCAAGCAUAAUUUUGUGAAUUGAUUUCAUUAGAAUAAAUAAUACAUUUGUACUAAGUUUGUGGUUAUAACUGUAUUUAAUAAGUACUGGGUGAAUAGUUUUUGAAAACACUGUGAAAUCAUUGGCACUUGCUGAUGUGAUUUACUGAAAUGUCAUCGUAUAUGGCUGGCGUUUUUGAUUUGGAUUUGGAUGUGGAUACAGUUACAGUUGGGGAUUCUGACGACGAUGAUAUUAUAGAAGUUGAUGAGGUUGAUUAUGACCCUGAGCUACAUGUGAACACUAUUGUUGAGGCUGAAGGGUCUGAAACUAUUCAGUUAUCCGAGGACAAUGUGAACCCAGGACAAUGCAAACGCCUCGGACCACAAGAUUUUGAAUUGCGUAAAGUUUUAGGAAAGGGAGGAUAUGGAAAAGUGUUCCAAGUGAGGAAGAUAACUGGGCCUGAUGCUGGGGCACAUUUUGCUAUGAAAGUACUAAAAAAAGCUUCCAUAGUUCGCAAUCAAAAAGAUACUGCACAUACUAAAGCAGAAAGAAAUAUACUAGAAGCUGUAAAGCAUCCUUUUAUAGUUGAAUUGGUUUACGCUUUUCAAACAGGCGGAAAACUGUAUCUUAUUUUAGAAUAUUUAAGUGGAGGAGAGCUAUUUAUGCACUUGGAGAGAGAGGGUAUAUUUCUUGAAGACACAGCAUGCUUUUAUUUAUCAGAAAUAAUAUUGGCUUUAGAACAUUUACAUAGUUUAGGAAUAAUAUAUCGUGAUUUAAAACCUGAGAAUGUUUUGUUGGAUGCACAAGGUCAUGUUAAAUUGACUGAUUUCGGUCUCUGCAAAGAACACAUUCAGGAAGGAAUUGUUACACACACAUUUUGUGGUACUAUUGAAUAUAUGGCACCAGAAAUAUUGACAAGGAGUGGUCAUGGAAAAGCCGUAGAUUGGUGGAGUCUUGGAGCCUUAAUGUAUGACAUGCUGAUUGGCCAGCCUCCUUUUACUGGUGAUAAUCGCACAAAGACUAUUGAGAAAAUACUUAAAGGAAAAUUAAUGCUACCAGCCUACCUCACACAAGACGCUCGCGACCUCAUAAGACGCCUUAUGAAACGCUCCGAAACACAACGUUUAGGUGCUGCCGGUGCCUCGGCUGUAAGAGGCCAUGCCUUUUUCAAACAUGUCCAUUGGGAUGACGUGUUUGCAAGACGACUUGAACCACCUAUAAAACCUAGAUUGGCUAGUGAAGAUGAUGUCUCACAGUUUGACACCAGAUUUACUUUGCAAACACCUAUUGAUUCCCCUGAUGAGUCUACCCUUAGUGAAAGUGCCAAUUUAAUGUUUCAGGGUUUCACGUAUGUCGCGCCUUCGGUGAUGGACGAGAUCCACAAGCCCCGCGUCAUUACCGCCCGCUCGCCGAGACGACCGAGACCACUGCACCACAGUGCAUUCACUGUUCCACCAUCGACUGCCCAUAAUCUCUCACAUGCUCAACCUGAAGACCCCAUGGAAGUGCAAGGUCUACCCAUUUAGUCUAGAAUAAUUGAACUAGUGACCAUUCUAUACAAAGAAUAAUUCAACUACAAAUGCUGCCCUUAUAUUUGUCCGUAAAUACUAAAUGUACUGUUUUAUACUAUUAUAUUAUUAAUAAAUAAUAAUGUACAUUUUAUACAAGUUACCGAUUAGUUUAUUAUAAUUUUGGUAGGAAUUAAUCACAUAUAAAAAUUGUUCUAACUUACUAUUAUGACAGAGUAAUAAUAAUUUACAAUAUUAUACCUUGUUACCAAGCUUCAUGAAUUGAAAAUAAAAGGUCAUUUUUAUUUUGUACAAUGAAG